AUGAUAUACGAGUCGAGUAAAAAUUUAAUAAUAAUUAUGAAUAAAUCCGUAUUGAUGUUGUUUUUUGGAGUUUAUUUUUUCGAGUGCUUUUACGCGUUUUCAUUGAAUCAUUCCGGGUUCGUGGGCGAUCCGGCUCCGGGUAGAUCGCCAGGACCUCCGGUACUGCGGGGGAAUUCGAGCAGUAAUUGUCGUUUCGAAGGAACCGUCGAGCAACACGUCCGAGGAGCCGUUAAUUUCACCGUGUCGCAUUCGUUGUUCGAAACAGACAUUUUGGUGCCAGGUGUAACCUACCAAGUUACUGUCGAAAACAACGGGGCAUCGUCUCUAAAUUACGCAAUAAGUUCGUCAAUUGAUGGAAUACCCUCGGGGGUAUUUUCGAUAAUCCAAGACUGCGGACCCCACGUGUUUAGUAGUAAAUUGUCUUCGCAAAGCCGCAACACCGUCAACUGGACGUUCCACGUCGAUAAAGACAUCGACAAAUCGAACGCCACCUUUCAAUUGGACUACGUCACGAACGAAGGCCCUAUAGUUUACAGACUGAUAUACGUUCUCCCUUUGGCGCAAGGAUGCCAGCUGGGGCUGAUCGAAGAGGAAGCCGUCGUGACGAAUGAUGAUCUCCCGCACACUGCCGAUUGUCAAAUAUGGUUUCCGCUUCGACAUAGCGGAGGUCACGGUUUAGUUGUCGAAUUGACGCGACUCAAUGUGCCUUGUUCCAGAGGAUACGUUCAUUUCUCCGGCAUGAACACCACCCGAAGAUCCCGCAUCGACAACUCACUAACCCGAGCGAAAACCCACAAACAAACGCAGCUUUGCGGCAAACUGGAGGAGCUUCCGGAGAGCGAUCGCUUCGUCUAUUUUCCGGCGUCGGGUUCGCCGGCUGCUCCGUCGGCGUCGCGGAUGCGACCCGCCAUGCAUUUACGCGGAAAUCCGAUUUUCUCCGUACGCUAUCGCUUAGUGGAUUACUGCUACAACGUUACGUUCCUGGCCAGGAACGGCUCGUUCGAGCUGAAGCCGCAGGACGAGCUGCAAUGCACUUUUCGCAUACAUCUGCCCUACGGGAACCGCGUCGCUUUGAAAUUGAGAAUCGGCGACGAGGAAGCAACAGAGUCCGUGGAGACCGAUCUCAACUUACGUGACGCCGGCAGCAAGGAGGAUUGCGACGGGUUGCUGUUAGAAAUUCAAGACGGAUCGGCCUUUUGGACCCAUUGCACGAAAAACGGCGAUAUACAAAGACACAUUGAAAUAGUCUCCAGGGAAAACAAACUUGUUUUGAACGUCAGAAUCAAAUCGUCGAAAAAGGCCAGGCUUGGUUUGAGGUUGGUUUAUCACGCUAACGCGGUGGAUAAUAUCGUGGGUAUGUGCGAUUUCGGGUGGGUUACCGUCAGGCAGUUUUGCGUGGGGGUGUUGGAGGGCGCGAAAUUGCCUUGGUCGCAGGCGGAGAUGGAGUGCAAGAGACAAGGAGGGCAUUUAGUGAGCAUCAGAAGCGACAGGGACCAUCACAUCAUCGACAACCUAAUUAUAAACAGUCCUGGAUAUCGUGAUCACAACGCUUACUGGAUAGGAGCAUCUGAUAAAACGCACGAGGGCGAUUUCAAAUGGUCCGACGAAUUCCUGUUUUCUUAUACAAAUUGGUUCCCGGGAUGGGCCCAGCACAACUACUACAACAAACAGCCGAACGACGACGGCCUGAGCGACCAGGACUGCGUCGAAAUCAGGAGAUACUAUCCGCUGCCGACGUCCGACGCCCGGUUAGCCAAUAACUUCAUGUGGAACGACAGGGAUUGCUCGACGCCCAAUUACUUCAUUUGCGAGCGACUUCAAAUCGAUGAACGCUACGGUGAAUGGUCGCCUAAUUGCAAUAAAACGAUAACGCUGUCGAGGGAUCAGCCGAAAGCCACAGUUUCCAGUCCGGGAUUCCCGCGACAGUACCCGGACAAUUCCAACUGCGACGUGGAAAUCGUUGCAUCGCCCGGUUACAAGAUCAUAUUGGAUUUCGAAGAGCUGGUACUCGAAAACGAACCAACGUGUAGCUAUGAUUAUCUGCAAAUCCUGGAAGUACCUCGGAACGAAUCGGCGGCCCAAUCGGCGAUCGAUCCGGACUCGAAUCGGCGAUUGUGCGGCGAUUGGAGUUCGAAGCUGAAGCUGUUGCGAUACGUGAGCCGCUCAUCCAGACUCAAAUUGCGAUUUAUCUCGGAUUACUCUCACCACUUCGGGGGAUUUAAAAUACGGCUCUCCAUAGAGAACGUUUUUCAGUGCGCCGACGAUCGCUUUUUCAUGUUCAACAAUUCCUGCUAUCUCAUCGUCAGUUACCCGGAGGUGAAUUGGAACACAUCGCAGCAGAUCUGCAGAGGAAUGAGGUCGGAUCUGGCGUCGGUUUUAAGUGUAGAAGAGGAACGAUUCAUCACUUCCAGCAUACGAAAAUCGCCCGAAUACCGAACGAGCGCCAUUUAUUGGUUGGGCGCGAUGUCUUCCAGCUCGAGCAAUUUCUCGUGGAUCGAUGGGUCGCCGAUGAUGUACCAAUCCUGGAUUCCGGGUUUAGCGCCGAGCGAUAACGACGUUCUGAAGCACGCCGAGGAAAUGACUUGCCUGAGUUUACAAUGGAUGCCCACACCGGGACACACUCUCCGCAGCGGAUUGUAUUGGAAAGUUUAUCGAUGCGAAGCCAUAGGUGGGUACGUUUGCAAAAGGCGACACCAAACAAGCUCGAGCGUGAAUUACAAUCAAACAAUAAACGGCACGGAGGGUUCGUUAACAUCGCCGAACUACCCGAACAACUAUUACCACAAUUUGGAUUAUUCCAUAAGGAUCGUGGGCCCGGAGAAAACGAGGUUAAUCAUAAAAUUCAUCAACAUUCACAUCGAAUCCCAAUUGGAGUGCCUGUACGACUACGUGCAGCUGAAGUCGCUGUACAGAAACAACGCCACAGUAAUCGACGAUUCGAUGGUAUUGUGCGGCAAUCACGACAAGGACAUGGACAAGUUCAAUUUCGUGUCGGAGACGAACGAGGUGCAAUUGAAAUUCCAUUCGGACUACUCGAUAUCCGAUCAGGGAUUCUCGUUGAUUUGGUACGCGGUGGACGUCUCGGCGUGUCCCAUGCAAACGUUGACCGCCAAAGAAGGGAGCUUCAUCACGCCGAAUUACCCGGACUUCCUGCUGGCCCAUUUGGAUUGCACUAUUACCAUUUUAGCGCCGAGCGCCAGAAGGAUCUGGCUGGAUUUCCAUCGAGAGGAGAACGAUUUCGCGUUCGAGGAUUUCUCGUUGGACAUCAAAUUGGGCAAACGCACCGCCACACACAGGGCGUUCGAAAUCGACGGGUUAUUAACGGAAGGCAGCUACGUGUCGACCGACGAUAAAAUGAAGUUGCAAUUGCACACCGGUGAUCACCCGAUGGGCUUGGGUUUCAGGGCUUCUUACAAAAUAACGAAUACAGUACAAGAAGAAAAAGUUAUUGUACUAAAUAACCGUACUUCGGGAAUUUUAUUGCAUAUUAACUACCCGGACGAGCCGCCUUCUAACGUGGAUUUCCUGCAACAUUUCGUAGCGCCGUUCGGGAACGUUAUUCUACUUGAAUUAUACAAUAUGAGAAUAGCGGACGUGGAUUGCUCGGAUUCCACUAGUUACGUGGAAAUAUCCGACAGCUAUUCGGACGCUAAUGGGACGACGUGGAAACUUUGUUACGACAGGGAAACCGAAUUCGCCGCGUCUACGCCCAUUUACAUCUCAUCGUACUUGAACACCUUACACUUGAGGCAAAUGCACGGCGUUAAGGGAAUAUUGCUAAACGGGACGCUUAAAGUCCAAUACGAUUCGAAUUAUAGAGUUAAAUUGAGGAAUUACAAAGAGCGAAAGGUCGAGUCGUGCUUGCCGAAUCCUUGUCAAAACGGCGGCAAAUGCCUGGAGAGGAAUUCUACCAAAUAUUGCCAAUGCAUCGGUUAUUACACAGGAUUGUUUUGCGCCCUUACAAAAUGCGAAUUGGAGCCUUGCACUUUCGGAACGUGCGAAUUGACUGAUACGAGUUACAAAUGCAAUUGCAAAGCAGGAUACAGUGGAGUUACUUGCGAUCAAAAACGCCGCCCGUGCGAAGGCAAUCCGUGCGAAAGUCGAGGCAUCUGCAUGGAAAAAGGAGACACUUUCUACUGUCAGUGCCACGCUUGGUGGGAGGGUCAAAGAUGCGAAAAACGAAUGUUGCACAUACCUUACAAGCCGCUGAGCGAGAGGAUGCUUCACGAACCGUUUUGGCUGGGACUGAUGACCGUCUUCGUUGUGAUGGCGGUCAUCGGGCUAGUUUGGUGCGCCAAGAGACACUUUCCUGAAAAAAUAGAGAAAUUAUUAGCCGAAGAAGACAGCAGAAACAGAUCCACAGUGUCAUCAUUGCGAAGCUCUUCGGUGCGCGAACAACUGGCGGCGGCGUCGGCGUCGGCGAGCGGCGCGACGAGCGCCAGCGGUCAGGCGUCGGGACCGUCGACGCGCUCGAUAUUCGGCCGCCUGGGUAUUCGAAAGCCGUCAAUUCUCAGCCUGACCAGCCCACACGCCACCACCGGAUACGAGGCAGCCACCGCCCGUACUUUUAGUUUGGACGAUUUGUUAAAGCCCCCGAGACGUACACCUUCGCCUAAAAAGAAGAGAAACAAUUCAACCCCAACCAAAAAAAAUAUAGCCGAUAAAAGGCAAAUCCUGCAGCAACUGGUCUCGCCCAAGCCGAAUUCCAAAAAAGUGAGCCUGGGCGAGCUGAUACAAUUGAGCGAAUUGAGACCGAACGACGAAGGCAAACCGACGCCCAAGAAGAAAUUAAUCGAAGACGCCGCCCAGACGGCUCUGAUCGAUCCCAAGCUGGAGAAGAAGGUGACGUUCGCUCGCCUGCUGAACAAAGUAUCGGCGGAGAUGAGCUCGGGUAGCGAGGUGGAACUGGGCAUCAUGCAAACCAACAGAAUGGGCUGUCUGUUCGCCAGGCCGGCGAGCACGCCGCCCUCGCCCACCGUCGACACCAGAUCGCCCAACAGCAUGUCCAGCAAUCAAGAUUUGCUGAUGAACAGAAGACACAGCAGAUUGCCGAACGGGCGGCAGAAGCCGGCCAGCGCCGAGUCCAUACUGGCGAUGUUCAGGAACUUUUCGUCGACGAACUGCACGUCUUCGUUGAAGGUCACCCCGUCGUCGACGCCGACGGCUUCCAGUCCCCAGGACGAUAUAGCGGGCGAUGACGAUUCCUCUACGUCUUCGAUACACACGCCCGUUUCGUUCUCCAGCGGAGUGCUGGAGAGUCCGGUAGUGCAGCACAACGUGCAGAGCACUAUCGAGGUGUCGGUCGUCGAUCCGAUGAACGCGCACAAAUCGCAUGCCGGAGGAAGUAAUUUAUUGCAUCCGCCAACUAUUUUACUCGAAAUACCGAGCACAAUCAACAAGUGCCUUUCGCCAAUUAGAGAAAUGCCUACGCCUCUACCUUCGCCUAUGCCGUCUCCCGCACUGACGCCUAUCGUGUCUCGACGCAGCAACGUUUCUUCGUCGCUGGACGAAGCAGAACUGAGCGACGAUAGAUUAUCCAUAGAAAUACCGAAUAUGUCGAUGAGUACAGACGUCGAAGACGAGGAAAUCCACUGUCCUGAUAUUGCUAUUGAUCUACAAGCCGAAGACGGGCUCAUCUUAGAAGAAGCUGCUGCCUUACAACAAUCAUUGUACAGAUCUAAAGUUCGCCCUCCGCCGGUCGGUCAAUCGCAAGACAGGAACAAACCGGCUAUUACGAUAACAAUCGAACCGCCUCCUCUAGUUAUACCAACAUUAACAUUGCAAACACCAUCUCCUACGCAACCUAAAUUACUAUCUCAAACGUUUCCGGGUUCACCUCCCCCUCACAGAGCGUCCGUUCCGAACGCGCAGUAUUUCCAAUUUCCUUCGCCGAAGCAAUCCAGAAAAAUGCUCAAGAACUUCGACAAACCCACGUCGUUGGACCUGCCGUGCACGCCUCCGAUGAUCACCAUCACCUGUAACAUGAGCGAAAUCGAAUCGGAUACCGAGUCAAUAUCACCAGCGAUCAAAUCCUCGGCCGGACUGGAAGCCACUUCCUCGGGCAUGACCUAUUUGAGCCCGUUUUCGAUACAAAACACGGCGUCGGAAAGCAACCUCAGCAGCUCGGGUUACAGCUCGAUGGCCAGUCCGGGCCCCUCUCGCUGCAGCUCGAAUAACCCAUUGUGUCCCAAUGAAAUCGACGAAAAUGGAAUAUUCCAUAGGAGGCAAUCGUUGACUCCGGUGUUGAAAUCGAACGCGGCGAACGCCGAUUCGCCGCAACAGGGUCGAGGUAGGUCCGAUUCCGAGACGUUAUCGGACGAUCUCCACGUGGAAUCUAACGACGAAGGCAUCGGUACCGAUCACAUCGACGAGAAAAUAGACGAGGGGGAACUGAAGAGCGCCAAAGAAUUGGAGGUUUUUAUGGUUACCGAAGGCGAUUUCGCCAAACUUAAAGACAUCCCCGAGAAUAUAGAAGACACACUGGAUAGGCUACUACCUCCCGUAAACGUUUUCAAUAAAAACUCAUUGCAGUUGCCGUCUAUAGUGGUGCAAUGCGAUUCCCCCGGGUGCGAUAAACACCUCAGCCCCAUGAGCUCGCGGAGCGAGAGCCCUCUGAGCGAUCGCACCGCCGGCAUGGGCAGAUUCUCGCCGCAGUUCUACGGCAAGAACAAGGACGUGCUGCCUUUCACCGACUCCGACGGGCUCUACGACUUCCCCAGCUCGGACAAGGUCAACGUCACCACCAACACCCACCACAAGAAAUGCGGCAGGAAGCGGGAGAAGAAGACGACGCGCAACUGCAAAACCCCCAGCCCCACUAAAGCGGCUUGCCCCUACCUAGACAUACCCAAUAAGGAUUUGUACAAAGUGCCCCCGCCUAGGAAAUUAAGCCCUAAACGUAGAAUCACCAGGUCUCAAGUAGUCAGUUCUUCAUCGAGCUCGGAUAGCAUAGUUUCUACCGCGAAAGAGGUGAAACUUUCAUCGUCCAGUCCCAGUCCGGAUACCAUCCGGUGGUCUUCGCCCGUCGCCUGGAUCGGCGAAAAGUAUUCCAAAACCGGAAAGCAACUAUACCAAGAAAUACAACCUACGGAGUCUAUUCCGCUAGCCCAAUCACCGGAUUUUUCCAAAGUUCACUACGGCAGUCAUCAAAAAUUUAGUAAACUAAGAGCAAUAAGUCAUCAAAUUAGAUUUUUAAGGAGAUUAGAGCAAAGUUUGAAGAGGCGCGAGAGGGCCGUCAGUCCUUCGGAUAGCUUCGACAGCGACGAUGAGUCGCCGCGGGCGACUUCUCCGCUGCUGCAGCCGACGAAGAGCGCCAAGCCGGAGAUCAAGAAGAGCUCGAGCAUCGGCCGGUUGCAGGGACUGAACAACGAAGCGAGGAAGGGUUUGUCUAGGAGUCGAAACGAUUUAGCUUUGCGCAACGAUCAGUCGUCGUCGCUUAAAGCCGUUCUAACGGAAUGA